CUCUCCCAAAACCACAUUCCUCCUCUUUCCCUGCUCGAUUCCCAACCUGUUUUUCUCGAAUCCACGCCCUGGACACCUCCCUACCCUCGCCCUUACAACAUAUUCCUCGCCAGUCACAAAAACUACCUACUGGUCCGGCAAACCGCUAACAGCACAAGAAUUGAUUGCUCUUUAUCGAACAACUUAUCGGUGGCGACGUUUUCGAUAAGGGCUUGUGCAUUUCAAGGAAUCAGUAAAAAGUCCACACGGCUCUCAAAAAUCCCCCGACGACGGGGAACUAACUUCAGUUCUAUCUAUUUUUAUCGAUUGAUACUCGGACAAAGAGGUUUUUUUGAUUGAGCGAGAAAGUUUCUUCACCUCUUCCUCUAGCCAGUUCUCCUCUCGACAUCAUGUCGCCGUCUCGACAGCAAAGUUCUGUGUUCAACGCCCUUGGGUCCUAUGCCGAUAGGAUCAAGGAUGCCAAUGGGAACUUCAUCAAAUCUUCACCUUCCAGCUCGUCUUCUGCGACUCCUGAAUCCACCUCUCUAUCGUCUUCCACUUCCGGUAAAAAUGCGUUUUCUACGGCUACUUCCAAAUCUGGUCAGCAGAAGCAAAGUUCCUCGCCCCAACAAGAACCGAUUACGGCUGAGGACGAUGGGCCAUGGGAGACAGUUCAAUCUACUCGUGCUCGCCAACGUUCAGACCGUUCUGAGGAAAAGGAAAAGGAAAAGCGAGGGAGCAGUUCCAAAAACUGGAGAGACCGUACACAUCGUGAUGAGAAGAAUCAAGAUGAUGGUGAAAAGAGAAGCGGAAGAGAAAAGUCCAAAAAGGAAAAAGGGGACAAGGGCAGUAGUGCACCCCCUGUAGGGUCUGCUACUUCUGACGAGAAGACUGCAAAAAGUUUAUCGAGCUCGACAAAGAAUGCUUGGGGUGCCACUUCUUCGUCUCAAGGUGCAAGCCCAAUAGCCUCCAACCCCGUUCCCAAGCAAAAAGCGCAAAAUGAUAGUACAUCCCGAUCGUCUUCUGCCGCUGCUCCCAUCGGUCCAACCACUUCGAGUAUAAAUGAAAUAAUCAAACAGUCUGAAGGUUCCGACGAGGAUAAUUGGAGAGCUAGGCCUGCAAAGGUGGAGAAGAAUGGAAAAACGGAAGAGUCUGCUAGCAUUACUCAAGCGCAGCCUCAGCCUCAGCGACAACUUGCCCCUCCUCCUUCAAUAAACAUUUGGGAUCUCCGAAAAAAGAUGUCUGUCCCUGCUUUAUUCUCUCCAACCAGUGCCAGCUCCACAGCUACGGUCAUCCCACCAAAGGGCGACAAAGAGAGAAGUUUAACAAAUGGCAUGCUCAAGGAGGAAGGUUCCGCUACAGGGAAAAGCCUGUCAAAGAAAAAGUCUGCGGCGGCUGCGGCGGCUGUGGGUACUCCGUCGGUACCUCCAUCGAUCCAUGAUGCCACUUUAUGGCCAGACAUUACACAAGCCGCAGAGGUUGCCAAGGCUGGGGAGGACAAAAAAGCUAAGGAGAGAUUGAACAGUGAGAGUGCCAGUGUUACGGAGGAGAGCACCAUUGGGACCGGUAAAAAACCCAAGUGGACGCCUAUACCUGCACACAAACUUUUGGCCGCUGCUGACCGUGCAGCUGAGCAAUCCCGUAAACAGAAUCGAAUGGAGGCGAAAAAACGAGCAUCAGCUCGUGAAGGUGGAGAAUCCGGGCCUACAGGGUCAGGUGCGCCGGGGAAAGGUAAUAAAACUAGGAAGGGUAUGCAGGCUGCCGAGGGAAAGAAGGCUAAGAAGGAAGGAGCGCAGCAGAAGGAGGGACAUGCGUCAAGUAAGGCUGGUGAUGCAAUUGGUGCGGGUACAGGGAAGGCAAAUGGGGAUGUGAAGGAAACCAAAGAAGCAGACGUUCGCUCAACAUCUCAACAGGAAUCAUCAUCCCAUCGUUCCGGACCCUCCAUUUCUGCCUCCGCCAACGCGGAAAAUGAUUCUAGCUUACACGCACGGACCAAAUCAACACCAAAUGCCACCACCACCCCUCUCCCGCCCCAUGCAUUCAACCUUGCUUCCAGUUCGCAUCUUUCCAGAUCCAUAAGAGGUAGAGGAGAAGGUCGAGGAUCGUUUGGUGGGGGGCGAGCAAGAGGUGGCUUCAGGAGUAGUGGCGCAUUGGGGCCCAAGGGACAGCUUGGGCAUGGACAUGGGCAUGUGCAUGGACAUGGACAAGGACAAGGCCUUGGAUACGGUUACGGAUCACCACCCUUGGGGGUGGCCGGUCUGCCUGUUGAGGGUAUCGUCUAUGCUUCCAUAAAUCCUGGUGUCGGUGCCGGCUCUACUCCCAAUUUGUAUCAACGAGGUUUCGGUAUGGGUUUCCAGCCCUUCUACCCUGCUGCCACCGCUGCGGCUUCGGCUGGUGGGGGGGGGCCGACGGGCACAGCGGCUGGGGAUGCGGCAGGAGUGUACGACCCGGCGGCGGCUGUUUAUGGAAAUAUGGGCAUGUACAAGAGCGCGUCUAUGCCUCCUCCGCCUAUGCCUCAGAC